UGGAAUUUAUUUAACAUGUAUAAGAAAAUUGCAUGGUUUAUUAACAUACAUAUAUUUGUCAUGCAAUCUUCCUGUUCGUGGCGUGGCGCCAAAUUAAAACAGCUGUUUAAUAAAGAUGCAUUUUAGAAUGCUGGAAGUUCAACUUAAAUUUCGAAGUAAACUUAAAUAUGAACAGUAAAAUUAAAAAAAUACGCCUUCCAGUAGAGCUGAAACAACUGCAGAAGAACAGUUCGGAACAUGGAAUCACUUGUGCUUUUGCAGAUUCGAAUGAUAACUCUUCGCAUUUAAUAGCAAAUAUACCGGGACCAAAAGGGUCUCCGUACGAAGAUGGAAUAUUUAAAGUGAGCAUUGUUUUGGGCAGCCAAUAUCCUUUCCAACCACCCACUUUCAAAUUCAUGUCGUCCAUCUAUCAUCCAAAUAUUGACAAUUCGGGCAAGAUUUGCUUGGAUUUAUUGCGUAUGCCACCUACUGGCUCAUACAAUCCUGCUAUUACACUAGAGUCAAUGCUGCUGUCAAUCCAGUUGCUUUUAUCCUCCCCUAAUCCAGACGAUCCUUUAAAUGGCGAAGCUGCCGACUUGUUCAAAACAAGUAGGGAACAAUUCAACAUAAAAGCACGCGAGUUAAUACCCAAAAAUUGUUUGAAUGCCGAAGAGUCAGAUAAGGAGACUGCGACCGACACAACACAGGAUGUCUCCAACAAGUGUGAUGAUACAGUAGUAGGACCAGCAUCAAAGCGAAAUAAACCCUGCUAAACCCGGCCUCGCAAUUGGGGGGAAAUUACAAAGCAAGCUGUUGAGGAAUAAAAUUAUAUUUUAAUAUCUUCAUUUCGCAAAGUUUUAUCUUCGUUAGAAUUAUUUUUAUUCAAUACAGUUCAGUUUAUUUCAAUUAAUAUUAUUCUGACAAUUAUUUAGUUAGCAAUUCUAGUUGUAAUGGGCGUGUUAAAAUGUUAAACUGCGAAUUUCAAUUAGACGCAAGAUGCGCUUGCUUGUGUUCUAUAAGUUGCUAUACGCCAUUUCUAAAACGUAAAAUUCUCAAAAAUAAA